AUGGCAAUCGCGGUCGGUCAUUUCCACGACCUCAAGCCCCCCGCCGUGCGGGACCGGCACUACAGCCUCUACUCCGUCGCGCUGCUCGACAGGCCGCUGCUCGACAGGGAUCAUAGGGAUCACGGCGACGCCGCCGCCGCCGGAGGGGGCCACACCGGCCUGUCCCCGCGGCGCCGGAGCCAGUCCUCCCCGUGCUUCACGACCGUCGUCGCGCCUGCCGGCUCGGAACACGCGGACCGGUCCGAGAGCAAGAUGCCGCGCGUGGAGAUCGUCGCGGGCCGCCACGCCCGCGGCGUGCGCGAGCUCAUCGCGGAGGCCGCGGCCGCAAUCGCGUCCGGGACCCGGCUUGUCGCCGCGCAGAGCGGCCUCGGCGGGGCGCUGCUGCUUGAAGGCAGCCGCGCUGGCGAGCACGUCGCGGUCGUCAAGCCGCUCGACGACGCUGCGACCGCCGCGGGGUCGCCGCCGGCGAGCGGCGGUGGGUACGAGAGCAGGACCGUGCUGCGGGAGGUGGCCGCCUUCCUCCUCGACCACGACGGCUUCGCCAGCGUGGAGCCGACCGCGCUGAUCAAGAUCUCGCGCCCCGCGACGGCGACGACCGUGGCGUCGAUCCAGCGCUUCGUGGCGCACGAGUACGACGCCGGCGAGCUGGGCCCGUCGCGGUUCUCGGUGGCCUCCGUGCACCGAGUCGGCAUCCUCGACAUCCGCCUCCUCAACAUCGACCGCCACGCCGGCAACAUCCUCGUCAAGAACCCGGCGAGCUUCCAGUGCGCCCACGGCGGCUCAUCCACGCCGCCGCCGCUAGACCUCGUGCCGAUCGACCACGGCCUCUGCCUGCCGGAGCAGCUCGACGACCCGUACUUCGAGUGGCUGCACUGGCCGCAGUCCUCCCUGCCCUUCACUGACGACGAGCUGGCGUACGUGGCGUCGCUGGACCCGUUCAAGGACGCCGAGACGCUCCGCGCCGAGCUGCCGUCCCUGAAGGAGCCCGCCAUCCGGAUCCUCACCGUCUGCACCAUCUUCCUGAAGCGCGCGGCCGCGGCGGGGCUCUGCCUCGCCGACAUCGGCGACAUGAUGACCCGCGAGUUCACGGCUCAGCAGGAUGGGCUGAGCACACUCGAGGCGCUGUGCAAGCAAGUGCACGACUCCGUCCUCCCACGUCUGCUGCCCUCCUUCCCACACCCAUCGCCCGACGGCGACGGCGUCGACGAGGGUACAACCGUCUCCGGCGGGCGGAAGCACGUGUCGUUCGGCGACCUGAGCUUCGCGGAGUGGGCGUCGUUCCUGGAGAGGUUCGAGCAGCUGCUGCCGGCGGCCCUCGAGGCCAAGAAGCGCGCUGGGCUAGGGAUGUCGUCGUCGUCGUUCUGA